CAUAAAUUCAAUUACCAAACCUUCAAAAUAGCUCAUCAAGAAGGACAGUUAUUAAUAAAAUUCCUAGUUGAUUAAGGUAACUAAAAGUUAUGGGAUACCACAGAAAACACGCCAUCGAAGGAAUACUUCAGUGUUCACACGAGCUGCUGGACCCGAAGCUCUGGCGAGCAACAUUCGCCGAGUUCUUCGGAACCUUCGUCAUGAUCUUCGUGGGGUUGUCGAAUAUAGUUAGCAGCGAGUAUGACGCCGGAAUCGGACGUGGAAUUGACAAUUUGAUUACGCCUGCUUUGACAUUUGCAGCCAUCAUCAUGACUCUGAUUCACAUCAUUGGACCUACUUCAGGAUGUCACAUCAACCCAGCUGUCACUAUCUCUCUCGCUAUCGCAAAAAGGUGCGAUACUUUGAAGGCACUCUUCUACAUUAUGGCUCAAUUAGCCGGUGCGACUGCUGGAGCCAGUCUUCUCUACUGGAUUGCUCCUCAAGAAUGGAUAGAUGCCACUCACCUGGGCAUGAACAGGCUAAGGCCUGAACUGAACAUGGCACAAGGCCUAGUGGUGGAGCUCAUUGGAACCAUGAUUCUUGUUCUACUGGUACUUGUCAUCUCGGAUCCAGAUCCCAAGAAGGACUUCGAGGGCUUUCCUUCGACUGCCGCUGGGUUCAUGGUGCUAGCUUGUGUCCUCUUCAUGGCCCCCUACACUGGAUGCAGUCUCAACCCCGCCCGAUCAUUCGGUCCCGCUAUGGUCAUGAAUGAAUUCGCUUACUACCAUUGGAUCUACUGGGUUGGACCAAUCGGAGGAGGACUGGUUGCGCUGGCUGUGUAUUACGGAAUUCUGAUCCAGGGAAUUCGUAAGUUUGAUGAUCUCCCAGAGGAAGUGGUCACAGAGCCCCAGGAUAAAAAAGACCCGGAAAAAAUUGAUGAGGCUAAAGAAGAAUCCAUGAAGCCGGAAAAGAGAGAUGCUAAAAAGCUGGAAGAGAAAGAACUAAGAGCACAAAAGAUGUCUGGAGGAAAAAAUGAAGCAACCACGAAGCAGUAAAAUUUGAAAAAUGAAAGAGAAAAGAAAUGGACUAAUUCGAAGCCAAAAUUAAAAAAAAAACU